GUCCACUCGUCUGUGACCCACGCGGGUGCCACUGCAGCUCUGCUACCACUGUCAGGGCUGGGCAUUGCCAGUGGAUUGGUCUCUGGAUUGCUGGGAGUGGGUGGUGGUACUGUCUUGGUGCCUGUGUUGGCCCUGGCCUUUGCCUUUCCUCAAUCUGAAGCGCAGGGCAGCGCGCUGCUAGCCAUGCUCCUUCCUUCAGUGGUGAGUUGCUCCACCCAUUGGUCCAAGGGCAACGUGGAUCGGGACCUGGCGGGCUUCGCUGUGCUGGGUGCGCUGCUGGGCGGUUUCGGCGGGGGCGAAAUGGCAGCACUUCUGCCGGAGCGGGCUCUGCGGCUGAUUUUUGCUGCUGUUCUAUCAGUGGUGGCGGUAAAGUACAUCAGAUCUUGAUUUGCUGCAACUAAUUCGGACCAACCUCGUCCUCACACGGAGGAGUUUCUUUGCCAAGAUGUAGGAUGCCAAGAUGGUGAUCCGUUGAGGGAUCCCUAGGGGCAGAAAUUCACCCCAUUCAGAAAUGCAGGAGAAAAAUCAA